CGCAGGCGCCUUCAUUUCCCCUAGGCCGAGUGACUAAGAUGGAGCCGUUGCUGGAGCCGCGGUUGGGUUUCUGGGCCGGGGGCCCCUCGCCCGGCCAGUUCUACCGCAUCCCGCCCGCCCCGGGAGCCGUCCCGGGCCCGGACAGUGCUGUCUGCGGAGGCCCGAUUACCCGGACGCAGAACCCGAUGGUGACGGGGACCUCUGUCCUAGGUGUGAAAUUCGAGGGCGGCGUGAUAAUUGCGGCAGAUAUGCUGGGUUCCUAUGGCUCCCUGGCUCGUUUUCGAAAUAUCUCUCGAAUCAUGCGUGUCAACAACAAUACCAUGCUUGGUGCUUCUGGGGACUAUGCCGAUUUCCAGUAUGUGAAGCAAGUCAUCGAUCAGAUGGUGAUUGAUGAAGAGCUGCUGGGUGAUGGACACAGCUACAGCCCCAAAGCCAUCCAUUCUUGGUUGACUAGAGCCAUGUACAGCCGCCGUUCCAAGAUGAACCCACUCUGGAACACCAUGGUCAUCGGUGGCUAUGCUGAUGGGGAAAGCUUCCUUGGCUAUGUGGACAUGCUUGGUGUAGCUUAUGAAGCCCCCACACUAGCCACUGGUUAUGGUGCCUACUUGGCCCAGCCCUUGAUGCGAGAGUUUCUGGAGAAGAAACCAGUUCUAAACCAGGCAGAGGCACGGGAGCUGGUGGAGCGCUGCAUGCGCGUGCUAUACUACCGUGAUGCUCGUUCUUAUAACAGGUUUGAAGUUGCCACAGUGACUGAGAAAGGAGUUGAAGUAGAGGGACCUCUGUCUGCAGAGACCAAUUGGGAUAUUGCCCACCUGAUCAGUGGUUUUGAGUGAUGCAGUUUUAUCUCCAGCCUCUUCUAUUCUGCUCUAACAGUUACUACUGACCCUGCUAUUAAAGCCAUUUUGGCUGUCCCAGGACUGAGAUUUGACUUUCUUCUUUUAUAAGCAAUUGGUAGGAAAUAAAUAAUUCUGGACCUUUUGUCUUCGUGCUCGUGGGAUAAGAUGGUGAGCCUGUUGCCUCUUGCAGUUCACUUCCCUCCAACGCAGCGACCUAGUUUUCAUUCUCUCAAGACAUCUUUGUUCAAGAAAAUUAAUUUGCUCUGUAAGGACAUAGUAUCUACACUGAUUUCUUUGGAUCUCAGACUCUAUAAAGGAAGUCCCCAAAGAUUAAUGCUAAUACUCUAAUCUUAACCCUGGUUUCAACAAAACUGCAUUUUUAAAGCAGCAAUAAGAUGCUUAAUAAUCUAGUGGUCAAUGAGAAUUGCAAAUGUAGCCACAAAAUUGACUUUACAUAAAAUUAUCAACUUAUUGAGCUAUCUUCCCCCCCCCCCCCAAAAAAAAAAAAAAAAAGUCUUCAAGUGAAAAAGGUAAAAGAAAACCAAGGACAGGAUGGGCCUCGGCUUUGUAGUGCAGACUGUCCCACCCACUCACCUGCCCUCAUACUGUUCUUGGUCUGACCUCUCAUUCCAUAGAGAUCUGCAAUGUUGCUCAAAUUGUGUGGCUUCCACAAAACUCACUAUAUCAAAGUUGGGAGAGGCAAUAAGAAGAAAAGCAAUGUUGGUUCUAAAAUAAACUUCAAAUUAUCUCUAGUACAUUGGUUAUCUGGGCUUAUAUUUUACCUCUUACUGUUUAAAAAAAAAAAAAUAAAUCACCUUUUUAAAAGUAAAAUAUAUAUCCAAAGUAGUUGAUGAAAUUCAAAGCCCAUAUAAGUUACAUGAUUACACAAACUAUCCUUGGCUAAACUUAAGAAGUAUUAUGCAUUUUUCUCCCUUAAGUAUUAAGUAUGAUCAUUCCCCUUAAAUUACAUACAUACCUAGGUAUCCAAGGUAAUUCAUCCACUCAGACAUGAAUUUUCAACCUGAAUUCUGCAGCUCUUAAAUGCCCCAAAUGAUAGCAAAUACCAAAUCCAGGGUGGAAUCUGCUGGGGUGUGGGGAAGUGAUGGAAACAAGAAGUUCUGCCUGGGCAGAAAGGACAACAUGGCAUAAAACAUCAGCCCAUGCCAUCUCCAACUCAUCCGACAGACUUGUUUCAGGAAGGUCAGUUUCCCAAAUAUUUGACUCUGUAAGAGAUGAUGUAAUUGCUAAAUUCUGAUUUUAAGGAGGGUGGGAGCUCUAGUAGGGGAUAACUUAGACCUAUUACUCCCAAGACAAGGAUACCCAAAAUAAAAACAAAUUUGUUUAUAAAUCCAUUUUCCCUGGUUUUAUUAAAUGUUCCACUUAUGUACAAUUUAAAGACGAAUCAUUUACAGGUCUGUGCACACUGCCUCCCGGCUCUCUGGAGGGAAAGUUGCUAAAAACCUCAGGAUGAACAAACAAGCGUAGCCGUGGGCAAGGUGGGCUGGUGGUGUUUUUUUCCUCUUUGCUGUUAUGUCAAAAUGCAUUUAUUUCCGUUUAUAUCUUAAGUACAUACAAUUAAAAAAAACAACCCUCAAACAUGCAAAUUGUAGAAAAAUUGUGGUUUUUUUUCCUUUUUUCCUUCUUUGAAGCUGGCAGUGAAAAAUAAAAAGAUACAAUGUCUGUGCACACCCCAGUC